GCAGCGAAAGUGGCUGUCAGUGAAUCAGUAGUGGAGUUGGAGUUUUGUUUUCAUUUUCACUCUGCGUCGCGAAUGUCGAUCCUAAUCAGAAGUGUUCGGUCACAGUUCAAUGAAAAAUUCGCAUUCGCAUUCGAGCUCGUCCCAAUCAGGAAGUAGGUAGCUCUUUCUCCAUCUGCCCGUCGUCGUAAUCUUAAGGCAGUGCUUAGUCUAUUGAAGAGGAUCGGUAGCGAGUGAGUUUAGUUCGUGUGGUGAUCUCGGUGAUUUGCUGUACGUUUCAAAUUUAAAGAGCCCGAAAAUCAGUGAUAUCAAUCGGUCGCAAAUUAUAAUAAUAAAUUAUUGGUGUUGGUGUGAUAUUCAGCUGAUAAAAGAACGGUAAAGAUAUCGGGCGUUAGCGAACAACACAAGAUAAUGGCCUGAUUGGAGGCAACCCUUGAGCCAUUCUGAACCAUUCGCGUCGAAGCCCCGGAUCAGAGCAGAAACCACUUCCAUUAGAAGACCAAUCGAUUCCAUCUCUCAGCUGUUGCAACCUGCAGAUUGAAAGUUGACCGACGAAAGGACGGACGGGUGGUCAACAUCAAUUCACGUAAUAUCUUGCAACUGGUGCAGCGACCAUCGUAUUAGAUCACGUGCCACACAAUGCAAGUCCUGAGCAAACUUACUUCCGUUCCGAUCACCUGCAAAGAGUACGUCCACCCAUGGACCGAUUCGUGCAGCAUAGCUUCGGCCGAGUUCCUAAUAGUGGCCGUACAGGACAGUCUCCGGAUCUACACAGCCGUUUAUUUGCUCUCACUGGCCAUGCGCGGCCGCAUUCCAUCGUUUGAGGAACUGAAACGCACACUUCGAGGUCUGCUCCAAUCCACAGCCUUCCUGACGAUGUCCGCCUUCAGCUAUUCGGUGUUCCUCUGCGUUCUGCGGCGGCUGGCGGGCUCGUACAAUUUCUACACCUCGUCUUACAUACCGGCCUAUAUUGCCGCGUUCGUGUCCAUCCUGGUCGAGCGACCUUCGCGCCGAGGAUUGCUGUGCCUGUACGUGUCCAACGUUGCCACCGAAACCGGUUGGAACAUCCUGAAGUCUCGAGGCCUGGUACGAUCGCUGCCAUACGGAGAAAUUCUCAUCUUUGGAGUGUCCACGGCUACGUUACUUUACUACUAUCGACUAAACCGGCAGAAAGACUACAAGGACUCAAUGUUCGAUGUGUUCCGGUUUGCUCUGGGGGACAGCGAAGUGAUGAAACCAAUCGAUCAAGUCCCUCCAGAGUCCAGGCGAGAAAGCCGAACCAGAGAUCAGGGAUCGUCGCCUCGGCGGAUCUCGUCCUACGGCGUGAUCCAGGCUGCCGUAAAAGCCUACCUCAAUGUGAUAACGAAGAUUAAGACUAUGGCCAAACACGAGUUGUGCCGACAUAAGCACAGCUGCCUCUACAAUACGCUCUCUGGUGGCACCCGGAUGUUCUCCAUCGGGUUGGGCAUUCAGGUGAUCAUGAAAGUACUCUUCCAAGCUCGGCGCAUGAUUCGACGGCCGGAGCUUUUCAAGCGAACAUUCCUGAGCAAAGAAAUUAUGAAACUGGGCCUGUUCCUGGGGGGAUUCACGUCUCUGUACAAGUUGUCUUCCUGUCUUCUGAGGCACAUGACCAAUACUGAUAAGGCAGCGUUUGCUAUUCCGAGUGGGUUGAUUGCUAGUGUUGCGUUCGGAUAUUACGCAGACACCACCAUCGCGCUGUACAUCAUGUGGAAAACUCUCCAGAUGUCCUACAACUGGGGAAUCGACAAAGGCUACGUACCAAAGAUUCCAGGCUUCACCGUACUGUUGUACUGUGCGAGCACGGCACUACUCUUCCACGCGGCAACGCUAGAACCUAUGAAUCUACGGCCGAGCUACUGGAAGUUCCUGCAUUCUAUUUCUGGUGGACGAAUUUCAGUGAUGGAUCGCAGUGGAUUCGACGUGUACGGUCUGAACACCAGUGGCCAGAUUCGGGAGAUGUCCAAACUGUGCAAUACGGCGCAAGUGCUGAAGUUCAGGAUUGAGGGUUAGGAAGUGCUUACCCUAAAUACUUACGGGUUUAAAUACGCGAAGCCAUUAUUGGGACGGGAGAUGCCUUAGAGAGAGUAGAAGAUUGCCAGCUGAUUUUCCGCUUUUGCACAAUCGGGGGUUUUGGGGGUUAACGUACAGUAGUAAUCUACGAAACGAUAGAUUAUUUUUUGAAAUCGAGUUAGUAGGGAGGAAACUAUAAACGAAAUGGAAGAUUUAAGGAAGGUCAAUGUUGCGUCUUACAACACAGGAUGAUUCCGUAAAGUAUGCCGUAAAUAAUUGCGAUCUACGUGUAAAUAAGAUCACUUCUAUUUGAUAUAUUGGAUGUUAUUUUGUUUUAAAUAAAUACCAAUAAUGCCAGCGAUA